CAAGUUAAUAAGUCAGUGACGAACUUUCGCAAAAAUAUUGUGCAGCGAAGAGGCCACUACUCCGACGCGGAGACCACUUAUAAUGAUGACGGAACCAAGUACAGUCCGCUGCCUUUCGAAGCUCGCAGACGAUUCAUUGGUGGUGAUGAAUCCAAGUACAAUCCGCCGCCUUUCCACGCUCGCAGACGAUUCAUUGGUGAUGAUGGAUCCAAGUACGAUCCGCCGCCUUUCUACGACGAUGACGGCGGAUCCAAAUACAAUCCGCCGCCUUUCCACGCUCGCAGACGAUUCAUUGGUGAUGAUGGAUCCAAGUACGAUCCGCAGCCUUUCUAUAACGAUGACGGUGGAUCCAAAUACAAUCUGCCGCUUUUCUACGAUGAUGACGGUGGAUCGAAAUACAAUCCGCCACCUAUCUACGCUCGCAGACAGAUCGACAGUGGUGGUGGACCUCUGUUUAAUCCGCUCCCAAGUUAUAAAUACAGAAAUAUACGGAAAUACCUCGAAGACAGUCCAUUACCUGUUUAUGUAUCCACGUAUCUACAUGAUGAGACGGACUCCAAAGGCAAUAUGGGACUACAUCUUUUCUCUUCAGACUCCAGUCAUUAGAAAAGCAAAUCGAAUCAUACGAACAAAAAGGGCACCAAAGGCUAAAAGGCGGAUUAAGCGUCUGCAGGACUUCUCAUAAUAUCGAUAUCAAUUAGAACUUUCGAUGUAACUGAUGACAUUGCUUGGAUUUCGGUUGGAAAUCAUGAGUUUUGAGAACCGGAAACUCGAAAGAUUAGAAGAAAACUUAGAAACAAAAAUCAUUCUGUUCUUUGUUUGUAAGAAAAAAGUACUUUUGCAAAAGGUUAAAAUUUCCGCAUUUGUAAAUGAAGACAUUAGAAAUCAGAAGAAAAACAAUCAGAAAACUAUAUUUAGUAUUAUAUUUUUCUGGUAUUUUAGUAAGUUUUUUGCAAUAAUGUUAAGCAGGGUAAAAUAGAUAUAUUCACAAUAUAAAAUAUAUACAUAGCAUGGAAUAUAUAUUGUCGAUGCAAAAUAGGAGAAAUUAUAUUGCUGUAUUUUCUAUAUUAUGAAAUUUAUCCAAUAAUUGCAUAUUGUACUAAAAUUUAUUAUACAUAUAUUCAAAUAUUGAAAACCAUGCUAAUAUUGUUAUUUAAACCGAGAAGAAAAUUAUAAAACCCUUGUAAGAUACUAUGGUAAUACUAGGACUUUAUAAAAGACUGUCAUAAUAAAUUAUUAUAUUUUUAAUGAGAAUCUAAUGUAUGAAAUAUUGAAAUGUUACUUAUCGAUAAAUUGUUAAAUUAAAUUCAACCAUAGUAAUAAAUAAUCAUGAUGGUAGGUAUCGUUCCGUAGUUUUCAUUUUCUCAAGCGUGAUUUUAUAUUUUGCAUCGACGUGAUUAAAUUGCGAACUACAAAAUAAAUUAUAACGCGACACGAUAAAUCCGCACUCGAAAAGCUGGUUGCUAAUUGUUACUGUAAAUAUAUUGUAUCAUCUGUUUCAUUUUACAUUGUGUUAUGUAUAUUUACACACUGACCUCCCUCUGGCAAUUUACAAUUUAAUAAAACAACAAAUUUUCUUCAUUGAAUGAGAUCUACACGAAGUAAGUAAAUUAUUAUACAUAAAUUAAGCAUUAUACAUAAAGUAGCAUUUUCCAUUAACGCAUGUUUAACGUGAAGGGUGCUGAAAGCUUUUCAGGAAGAAUAUAUUUCUAUUAAAAGAUAUAAUAUUUCUUGAAGCUUUCAACAAUUAACAAACAAAUAAAAGCAAUCGGGAGACAUUUACAAAUAUCGUGGAACAGCAUAUUCAGGCAUUCCUGACUUUGAGUCUCGUAGCAAAACUUGACGUCAAAGUAAGAUCGACAAUCGCCGCAUAUUGGUACGUGAUUCCUGGGAGAGAGCCGUUAUUUCAUUUUAAGCUUUCACACAGACUAGUACCAUCCAUACUUGUUAGAUUGGAAUUUCUGGUUCUAGCAGAGUUGUCGCAGCUUCGAUUGACUUUGCGUCCGAUUUUGCGAAGGGAAUGCGAAUCCAAGACGAGAAUUGAUGGCAAAUAUACUAGAAUUCCAAGUAGCUGUAGUUUGUGCAUGACUUUUCACGACUUCGCAAUUUCAGCUGAGCUCUCGAAGUAUUCAAAUAAUAAUUGCUAUUUGCCACUUUAUUACACGUGAUCUGUUUUUUUACAUUCGUAUUAAGAUUAUUAUUAUAUUAAGAUAUUAAUCGUGCUUUGAUAAUCACACGAAUACGUCGACCGAGGUAUUUCUCGCAUCUUUAAUCUUUUCGCUAUUAAAAGGUUCCAAUUGUUCUCAGUGAAAAUCCAAAAAAUCAAGAAAAUUGUUUAUAUAAUAAUAAAUCUCUUGCCAUGUUUCUCAAA